CAGCUUCCUCUCUUUUUGUAUUUUUUGUUAUUAUACGUUUAAAAAUUAUACCGGUUUUUUAACUUCAACUAACCUUGAAAUUUACAAAAAUACUCAAAACUUACCGGGUAUUAUAAUAAAUAAAUAAUAAGUGUUAUUAACAAUGUCUUUUGAUAAUUUGAAAAAAUUAGGACGUUGUGUUGAUAAUAAAAUAAGAAAAUUAAAUAAAAUAUGGGAAACUCCACAUAAUAUUAUAAAUAAUACUAAUGCUGUUGAUAAAGAAGUACAAGUUCAAGUUGAAAAUUUUUUGACAACUAUUAAUAAGCUUCAUAAUGAAUUAAAUGAAAACAUUAUUGAACAAAAAGAAUCAACGAAUGAUGUUGAUCGUUUUAUAAAUGAAUGUAAUGAAGUAUAUAAUAAUACUAUUAAACAAGGUUGCGAUAGUAUUGAAAUAAUUUUAAAAGAAUAUGGCUACACACCAUUAAAAAUUUUCAACAACGAAUCAAUAAUAUCAGAAUCAAGUAUUUUGAAAGAGGAAGACUUACAAAAUUUAUCACUUGUAGACUCGAAUAUCAAUUUCAAUGACUUCAGUAAAGAGAGUAAUGAUUUUAAUAAUGAUGAUCAAGCCUUGGAAAAUGAUCAAGAAAAUAUGAAUACAUAUAAUGAAUUAAAUAAUGAUGUUAAGCCGAAAUGUAUUCCAACGCCAGUUAUACAACGCUUGGCAUCCAUUACAAAUCAUGAUAAUAAAGGACUGCGAUUAAAUAAUUAUGUUACUCCAUUACGUUCUUAUCCAGAGGAGCCGACAUACUCACCUUAUUAUUAUUAUAAAAAUUAAUUUAUACAUAUUGUUCAAUAAAUAAAAUAAUUUUUAACAUUUUUAAA